AUGGCCGCCCUCCUGCCCGUCGAUGGCCCCACCGUGGCGCGCCUGGCGGCGCCGACUGUCAGGACGCCCGCGACCCAAAAGGCCGGUGGGCGGGCGGCGCCAUGCCGAGGGCAGAAGGCCAGGAGCGCGUUCUUCGGCGACGUGCAGGGCCUGAGCACCAGGACGGGAUCGCAGAAAUGCGCCAGGGGGGCGCUGCAGACGCGAUCUGCGCUCGGGGACUCGCUGGAGGAGUUUCUAAUGGGGGCUACAGACGACCCAAAGCUCCGCCAGCUGAUGAUGUCUAUGUCGGAAGCCAUCAGGACGAUCUCUGUGAAGGUCCGCACUGCCUCUUGUGCGGGUACUGCUUGCAUCAACUCCUUUGGGGAUGAGCAGCUGGCAGUGGACAUGGUGGCAGACAAGCUGCUGUUUGAGGCUCUUGAAUUCUCGCAUGUCUGCGAGAAUGCAUGUUCUGAGGAAGUACCAGAGCCAGUGCCCAUGAAGGGGACGGGAUACAGUGUUGCCUUUGAUCCUUUGGAUGGGAGCUCCAUCGUGGACACCAACUUUGCCGUUGGCACUAUAUUUGGAGUGUGGCCCGGGUCUGAGCUCAAGGGCAUAAGAGGAUCGGACAUGGCUGCUGCUGGCAUGGGCGUGUAUGGCCCCCGAACUGUGUAUUGCAUUGCGAUCAAAGGCUACCCUGGGACCCAUGAGUUUCUUCUGCAAGGGGACGGCAAGUGGCUUCAUGUGAAGGAGACGGAGGAAAUUGGUGAAGGAAAGCUUUUUGCCCCUGGCAACCUUCGUGCUACUUUCGACAACCCCAACUACGAGAAGCUCAUCAACUACUACGUUGGGGAGCAGUACACCCUCCGGUACACAGGCGGCAUGGUGCCAGAUGUUUUCCAGAUUAUUGUCAAGGAGAAAGGUGUCUUCUGCAAUGUCACUUCACCCACCACGAAGGCCAAGCUGCGCAUCCUCUUUGAGGUUGCCCCCCUUGCUCUCUUGGUGGAGAACGCCGGAGGCGCCAGUAGCUGCGACGGCAAGCUGGUGUCGGCGCUGGACAUCGACAUCAACACCUACGACCAGAGGUCCGAGGUCUGCUUCGGCUCAGUUGGCGAGGUCGGACGAUUCGAGGAGACUGUCUACGGAAACUCGCCCCGCUUUGCGGGCAAGGUUCCGGCCUAG